AUGCUGGUAUCAUCAUCUUUUGCAUCAAGCAUUGACUCAGUAAUGUCCCAUGAGACGAUGUCUUUACGGAGAAACCCUCCCUUUAUAGAUACUCCAGAAAAAAUGCCAAACCCAACGGCUUCUCCCAAUGGCACCAUUCACCAUUUGAUAGAUCCAUCACUGCCAUUGUUGUCCAGUACUACGUCGUCUUCGCGCUCUACCCUCAGUUCUACACUGAAUUCUCCUCCACCUCCCCCAUUAACUACAUCAUACUCUUCUUAUAACUCCUCUGCAUGCCAGUCUAUCACGAGUUCGCCUACAGACAAUACAGCCUUGGCACAUAAUUCCAAAUGCUAUUUCCCUCAUAGCCUUUCUCCAACACCGCUGUCAUCCAACAGCUCAAGCCAUGUCAUUUUGCCACCCAUAUCCUCCUUCACCAAUUUAAUUACAGUUGCAGAAAGAGAAUUUAACGGCAGAUCAAAUUCCUUGCAUGCCAAUUUUACAUCACCGGUGCCAAGAACAGUGCUAGAUCAUCACAGACAUGAGCUAACAUUUUGCAACCCUAACAACACAACGGGUUUCAAAACCAUCACCCCCUCACCACCAACUCAACACCAGAGUAUAUUGCCAACCGCGGUAGAUAACGUACCGAGAUCAAAAUCCGUGUCCAGCCUACCCGUUAGUGGAUUCCCACCUUUGAUCGUCAAACAACAACAGCAACAGCAACUCAACAGUAGUAGUAGUGCCUCUGCACUACCGUCUAUUCAUUCCCCAUUGACUAAUGAACAUACAAGCAGGUAUUCAUCGUCUUUAAAGGAUUCCGCCAAGAUAACGAAGCAAAGAAAGAAAAAGGAAUGCCCCAUCUGCCACAACUUCUACGCCAACCUAUCUACGCAUAAAUCCACUCAUUUAACUCCGGAGGACAGACCGCAUAAGUGCCCUAUCUGUCAACGCGGCUUUGCCAGGAACAAUGAUCUGAUAAGGCACAAGAAGCGCCAUUGGAAAGAUGAAUUUAUGCAAAUAUACGCAAGGGAGUCCGACAACAAUAGUGGUGCUGACGAUCAAGAUGACACUGCCCGCACCUCCGCAAACAACGACAGCGACGACUCAAACGAUAAACUCGCUGCCUCAUCCUCUUCCGAAGAAACAAAACUACUGAAGAAAAACCAAUUGAAAUCACUAUACAAGAUUAAAGGUGCAUUCAAGUGUCCUUACAACUCUACUCUGAUCAAUUUGGAUAUGGAGGUGUAUCCACACAAGUCUAGAUCACUCUAUUUCGAGCCAAUAAACUGUCAUCAAACGGGCGUUUUUUCGCGCUGUGAUACUUUCAAGAAUCACCUAAAGGCUUUGCAUUUCGAGUACCCGCCCAAGACCAAGAAAGAAGAUAGAGGUGUUGUGCCGGGGAAGUGCAAGCAUUGUGGACUGCAAUUUCCGAACGUUGACGUCUGGCUAAAUAAGCACGUGGGGAAAGGAUGUGGCUACUCAUAUCACUAA